AUGGGUCAGUCAACAUUUUUCCCAAUACUCUCGUCAAUUUUCGCCAUUGUAUCUUGUGGCAACGAUUUUUUCGACGAACAAAAAACCUCCGACUACAAAGUGCCACUUACCGAAUUAUGUAGCUUUAAUUAUUUGCAGUGGAAGGAAUUACCGGAAAAUUCGUUGUACGUGCCAACGGCUUGCGUUCCGCGCGCCAUCGAAAAAGUCGGAAAUCGGAUGUUCAUUACGACGCCACGUUGCACUGGCGUACCCGUGACGCUGUCUGUAUUCGAUAUCGAUGAAAUUGUCGAUAACAAGUGUCCGCAAUUAAGUGCUUAUCCGUCCGUUGAGGCAAACAAAAUUUACGUCGGCUCUAAUAACAUCAUAAAUGUCCAGGGAUUUGCUGUGGAUCAGUGCGCGAAAGGACAACGUUUGUGGCUUUUCGAUACGGGAGUCAUGGAGACGCGCUAUGGCCCAACAGUGAUUGAGGAACCAGCGAUAAUUGUCAUUGAUACAAAUUGUAAUCAGAUUGUGAGGCGGAAAGAACUGCCAACGAGAUUUUAUUCCGUCAAAACGGUGCAAGGAUUCACGAAUGUUGUGGUAAAUACAGCGAUGGAUUGUUCAAAUACCUAUGCCUACAUCGUCAAUAGCUUGGAUGGGACAUUGACAGUUUAUUCGUACAAAGAUGAUACUUUUUGGCAGUUUUAUAGUACGUUAUUCAAUAUGAACGCAUAUCCCGAUAGUCUGUUCCAGGUAAAGACUUUGAAUGGAACGAACGUUCAUUAUCAACUCGAUGCGAAUCUCUGGCAUUUAACUGUCGAUUAUGUGAGCCAAAAAUUGAUUUUUAGUGCCAGAUCUAGCAAGCAUCUCUUCACUAUUCCUCUAAAAAUCGUUCACAACCAAAGAGCUUCUCUCAAUGCUCGUGAAUUAUACGACAUCAAAUACUUGGGUAAAUUAAAUGCACGAGGACAGUCUUCUGCUUUUGAGCUGCUGCCAGGAUUUAAAACAGUUUUUGGCAUUCAAGAGCAAAAUUAUGGCAUUUUUUGUUGGAAUUAUCGAAAAUUUCUAAGUGACAAUGAGGUUAAACUAGUAGCUGGUGAUCCAGAGCUACUUCCGUUUUUGGUAGAUAUGAUAGUAGAUGGCUCCGAUGGAUCUGAAGAUCAAGAAUUAAUAGUGCUCAGUAAUAAUAAGGCAGGAAUCGUUGCUGAUGACUUUUACAUGGGCGUAGAAAAUUUUAGAAUAUUCACCGUAAGUGUUAGAGAAAUUUUAGAAGAAUAUCCCGAAUGUGGUGCUCCUUGCUUUGACCUUGCGUCGAAUGAUAAUUAAUGUUAUAAAAUAAAAGUUAU